CGCGCCGGAACCGCGGGCAGCCGUUAGGGGCGGGGCCUGCAGCCGCCCGCGCGCGGCUCGCGCCCUCCCCUUUGUGUCGCCAUGGCGGCGGCGGCGGCUGCAACGAGGACGACGAGCGAGGGAUUGAGCGCGGCUGGGGCCUGAGGAGGCUACGCGACCAUGGUGGCUCGCAGCACUGACAGCCUGGAUGGCCCAGGGGAGGGCUCAGUGCAGCCUCUACCCCCCGCUGGGGGGGCCAGUGUGAAGGGGAAGCCUGGGAAGAGGCUUUUGGCUCCUCGAGGUCCCUUCCCCCGGCUGGCCGACUGUGCCCAUUUCCACUACGAGAAUGUAGACUUCGGCCACAUUCAGCUCUUGCUCUCUCCAGAGCGCGAAGGUCCUAACCUCUCUGGAGAGAAUGAGCUGGUGUUUGGGGUGCAGGUGACUUGUCAGGGCCGUUCCUGGCCAGUUCUCCGUAGUUAUGAUGACUUCCGUUCGCUGGAUGCCCACCUCCACCGGUGCAUAUUUGACCGGAGGUUUUCCUGCCUCCCAGAGCUUCCUCCACCCCCAGAGGGUACCAGGGCUGCCCAGAUGCUGGUACCACUGCUGCUGCAGUACCUGGAGACCCUGUCAGGACUAGUGGACAGUAACCUCAACUGUGGACCUGUGCUCACCUGGAUGGAGCUGGACAAUCACGGCCGGCGACUACUCCUCAGUGAGGAGGCCUCGCUCAAUAUCCCUGCAGUUGCUGCUGCCCAUGUGGUCAAACGAUAUACAGCCCAGGCACCAGAUGAGCUGUCCUUUGAGGUAGGAGACAUUGUCUCAGUGAUCGACAUGCCACCCACAGAGGAUCGGAGCUGGUGGCGGGGCAAGCGAGGCUUCCAGGUUGGUUUCUUCCCCAGUGAGUGUGUGGAACUCUUCACAGAGCGGCCAUGUCCAGGCCUAAAGGCAGAUGCUGAUGGCUCCCCAUGUGGCAUCCCAGCUCCCCAGGGUAUCUCUUCUCUGACCUCAGCUGUGCCCCGGCCACGCGGGAAGCUGGCUGGCCUCCUCCGCACCUUCAUGCGCUCCCGCCCUUCUCGGCAGCGGCUGAGGCAGAGGGGAAUCCUGCGGCAGAGGGUGUUUGGCUGCGACCUCGGAGAACACCUCAGCAACUCAGGCCAGGACGUGCCCCAGGUGCUGCGCUGCUGCUCUGAGUUUAUUGAGGCCCACGGGGUGGUAGAUGGAAUCUACCGGCUCUCAGGCGUGUCUUCCAACAUACAGAGGCUGCGGCAUGAGUUUGACAGCGAGAGGAUCCCUGAAUUGUCUGGCCCCGCCUUCCUGCAGGACAUCCACAGUGUGUCCUCUCUCUGCAAGCUCUACUUCCGAGAGCUGCCGAACCCCUUGCUCACCUACCAGCUCUAUGGGAAGUUCAGUGAGGCCAUGUCAGUGCCUGGGGAGGAGGAACGCCUGGUACGGGUCCAUGAUGUCAUCCAGCAGCUGCCCCCUCCACAUUACAGAACCCUGGAGUACCUGCUAAGGCACUUGGCCCGCAUGGCAAGACACAGUGCCAACACCAGCAUGCAUGCCCGCAACCUGGCCAUUGUCUGGGCACCCAACCUUCUACGGUCCAUGGAGCUGGAGUCAGUAGGGCUGGGUGGGGCGGCAGCUUUCCGGGAGGUACGGGUGCAGUCGGUGGUGGUGGAAUUCCUGCUCACCCAUGUGGACGUCCUAUUCAGUGACACCUUCACCUCUGCUGGCCUCGAUUCUGCAGGCCGCUGCCUCCUCCCCAGGCCCAAAUCCCUUGCUGGCAGCAGCCCUUCCACUCGCCUGCUGACAUUGGAGGAAGCCCAGGCUCGCACCCAGGGCCGGCUGGGGACACCCACUGAGCCUACAACUCCCAAGGCCCCAGCCUCACCUGUGAAAAGGAGGAAAGGGGAGAGAGGGGAGAAGCAGCGGAAGCCAGGGGGUAGCAGCUGGAAGACAUUCUUUGCACUGGGCCGGGGCCCCAGUGUCCCCCGAAAGAAGCCCCUGCCCUGGCUGGGGGGCACCCGCGCCACACCACAGCCUUCAGGCAGCCGACCUGACACAGUCACACUGAGAUCUGCCAAGAGCGAGGAGUCUCUAUCAUCACAAGCCAGCGGGGCUGGCCUCCAAAGACUGCACAGGCUACGGCGACCCCACUCCAGCAGUGAUGCUUUCCCUGUGGGUCCGGCACCUGCUGGCUCCUGUGAGAGCCUGUCCUCCUCUUCCUCCUCUUCAUCCUCCUCUUCAUCCUCCUCAUCCUCAUCUUCGGAGUCCUCAGCAGCUGGGCUGGGGGCACUCUCUGGGUCCCCCUCGCACCGCACUUCAGCCUGGCUAGAUGAUGGUGAUGAGCUGGACUUCAGCCCCCCCCGCUGCCUGGAGGGACUCCGGGGCCUCGACUUUGAUCCCCUAACCUUUCGCUGCAGCAGCCCCACCCCAGGGGACCCUGCGCCUCCCGCCAGCCCAGCUCCCCCGGCCCCUGCCUCUGCCUUUCCACCCAGGGUAACCCCACAGGCCCUCUCGCCCCAUGGGCCCACCAGCCCUGCUUCAUCCACUGCCCUGGACAUCUCAGAGCCCCUGGCUGUAUCAGUGCCACCCGCUGUCCUAGAACUGCUGGGGGCUGGGGGAACACCUGCCUCAGUCUCCCCAACACCAGCUCUCAGCCCCGGCCCAGGCCUGCGCCCCCAUCUCAUCCCUCUGCUGCUUCGUGGAGCCGAGGCCCAACUGAGUGACACCUGCCAACAGGAAAUCUGCAGCAAACUGGCACUGCCUGGCCCCCGGGGAGCCCAGAGCCAGCAUGGUCCUAGGAUGGAUUCACCAUUGCCUCCACCACCUCUGUCCCUCCUGCGCCCUGGGGGGGCCCCACCCCCACCCCCUAAGAACCCAGCACGCCUCAUGGCCCUGGCCCUGGCUGAGCGGGCUCAGCAGGUGGCCGAACAGCAGAGCCAACAGGAGCAUGGGGGCACCCUACCUGCUCCCCACUCCCCUUUCCACCACUCACUGUCUCUGGAGGUAGGCAGGGAGCCCCUGGGGACCACAGGGAGUGGGCCACCCCCCCACCCCCUAGCCCACCCAGGUGCCUGGGCCCCAGGACUCCCACCCUACGUACCAAGGCAACAAAAUGAUGGGAACCUGGUGAGGAGCCAGCAGCCCAUGGGGACCUCAAGGAGGGGACUCAGAGGCUCUGCCCAGGUCAGUGCCCACAUCAGGGCAGGUGGGGGUUGCCGAGACGUACCAGAGAUAGCAGCCCAGUCCCCAUGUUCUGUCCCCUCACAAGUUCCUACCCCUGGCUUCUUCUCCCCAGCCCCCCGAGAGUGCCUGCCACCCUUCCUCGGGGUCCCCAAACCAGGCCUGUAUCCCACGGGUCCCCCAUCCCUCCAGCCCAGCUCCCCAGCUUCGGUCUGGAGGAGCUCCCUGGGGCCCUCUGCACCCCUCGACAGGGGAGAGAACCUAUACUAUGAGAUUGGGGCGGGUGAAGGGUCCCCUUACUCGGGACCCACGCGGUCUUGGAGUCCCUUUCGCUCCAUGCCCCCCAAUAGGCUCAAUGCUUCAUACGGCAUGCUUGGCCAAUCACCACCACUCCACAGGUCUCCCAACUUCCUGCUCAGCUACCCACCCCCCUCUCCUUGCUUUCCCCCUGACCACCUUGGCUACUCAGCUCCCCAGCACCCUGCCCGGCGCCCCACCCGACCUGAGCCCCUCUAUGUCAACCUAGCCCUAGGGCCCAGAGGUCCCUCACCCACAUCUUCCUGCUCCUCUUCCCCUCCUACCCACCCCCGAAGCCGUUCAGAUCCUGGUCCCCCAGCCCCCCGCCUCCCUCAGAAACAGCGGGCACCCUGGGGCCCCCGCACUCCUCAUAGGGUGCCUGGGCCCUGGGGCCCUCCUGAACCUCUCCUGCUCUAUAGAGCAGCCCCGCCAGCCUAUGGGAGGGGGGGUGACCUCCACCGAGGAUCCUUGUACAGAAAUGGGGGACAAAGAGGGGAGGGGGCUGGUCCCCCACCCCCUUACCCCACUCCUAGCUGGUCCCUCCACUCUGAGGGUCAGACCCGAAGCUACUGCUGAGCUACAGCUGGAAGGGACCUUUCUCCCUUCCCUUUGCCCUUACUGUAUUUUGGCCCAACCCAAUCCUUUGUUUUGUAUUUUCUUGAGCUCCUGACCCCUACCCCAGGUUUCUAACCUUGUAACUUUCUGAUGUGGGUCCCUAACCUAUAAUCAUAGCUUCCCUACCCUGGGCUGAAGGUAUACCCAUCUUCCAUCCUGGGGGCCCUCGCACAAUUCUGAGAGGGCUAGGCUGACACCCUGUCCUCCCUCACCCUCCAGGAGCCCCCAGCAUGUCCUGACCUGAGCAGAGGGGGUAGGGGGGACACUCCUGCCCAUCUCUCCCCACUAAACCAUCUGACAAAAUUAACGAAUAAAA